UAUCGGUCAUUUUCACGUACAUCGUUGCUUCCCGGGAAAUUUUGUACGAACGUCGGUGAAUUUUGUCAGGUUCGAGGAAAAAUAAAAGUUCACUCAUAUAUCACGUACAUUUUCUCGUGAAAUAUCGGUGAGAGAUAUUAAGUACAUUAGUGAAAAAAAGUCUUGUAUGCAUAACGGAGGGAGCCAUUCUUCGUGAAACGCAAAUUCUAGUCUCCGCGUGUUGAGGGUAAAAGAGAGAAAGAGAGAGAGAUAGAAUAGGAGGAACAGAGCGCGGGACGUUGAUCCAGCCGGCUUUUUUUCGAGUUAAUCGACAGACUAGUCUUCGAAUGUGUUUCUUUUUUCUUUUUUAUAUAUCUUGAAAUAUUAUAGAAAUUAACGCGCUUUCAAAUUUAUCGAUCACUUCUCCGACACGUGAUUUGAAGGUGAUUACGAAUUUUCCAGUAACUCCGAAAGAGGAUAGCUACACGUUGUGGCCGAAAAAGCGUUCGUCUUAACCGAUUUUAUUAAAGAUCUUUUCUUAUAAAUAUAUUGCUUGGAUAUAGCUUAAAAUAUCAUCAAAAUGGCGCAAGAACCAGAUAUGCCCACUUUCAAGUGCGUACUUGUUGGUGAUGGUGGUACUGGAAAGACAACUUUUGUCAAACGCCAUUUGACGGGUGAAUUCGAAAAGAAAUACGUUGCGACAUUAGGAGUAGAAGUACAUCCACUGAUCUUUCACACAAAUAGAGGUCCAAUAAGAUUCAAUGUGUGGGAUACAGCUGGUCAAGAAAAGUUUGGUGGUUUGCGAGAUGGUUAUUAUAUUCAAGGACAAUGUGCUGUAAUCAUGUUUGAUGUUACGUCUAGAGUGACGUAUAAGAAUGUACCUAAUUGGCACAGAGAUUUGGUGCGAGUUUGCGAAAAUAUACCUAUUGUAUUGUGCGGUAAUAAGGUUGAUAUUAAGGAUAGGAAAGUAAAGGCCAAAAGUAUCGUCUUCCAUAGGAAGAAGAAUCUUCAGUACUAUGAUAUUAGUGCAAAAAGCAAUUACAAUUUUGAAAAACCAUUUUUGUGGUUGGCACGCAAAUUGAUCGGAGAUCCAAAUCUUGAAUUUGUUGCUAUGCCUGCAUUACUUCCACCAGAAGUUACAAUGGAUCCACAGUGGCAGCAACAAAUUGAAAAGGAUCUUAAAGAAGCGCAAGAAACGGCAUUGCCGGAAGAUGAUGAAGAUCUUUAGGUUAUUUCACUGUGUGUAUGGUCCUUAUGGAAGAAAGAUUUGCGAGUGUACCUUGGGUACUAUGCAGCUUGGGCGUCUAACAUAUAUGAAGAUAAAAAAAAGAAAAAAAAAAAGAAAAAAAAAAAAUAUUUGCAUGCAGAGCUUAAUUUGAUACUUAAUGCAAAUCACCAGAAAUACUUCUGUGACUUCAUAUACCAGGAAUAUUGCCUUAAAGAGGGAGAUUCUAACAAAUUGUUAUAAUUUGUUAUGCAUCCAUGCACAUCUACAUAUGUGUAUAUAAAAUAUCAAAGAACGUGAUUUUACAUAAUAUAACAUUAGUUACAAAUUUCUACAGGUGUAUCUUCUCAUUCCCUUAUAACUUCCAUUAUAAAAAACUGUUGUAAACCUUGUAAUGAAAACAAAAUUUCAAAUUGUGAGAAAUGUUUUAAAAAGAUAUAGUAAAACACGCAUAAAUGAAAGACACAUAAAUGUUUAAACAUUAGACGUUGAAUGAUAAACAUUAAUUUUAUACAUUAUCCUAAUAAUUAUCAUCAUCCAAUAGAUAUAAAUAUAAUCUGAAAACGUGAAAUCGGAGUUUCAAAUUUGAACCCACUUUAAGGCAUACUUAAGACAUUAAUUCAAUCUGCUAUUUAUAUUGUUGCAACAUCCUUGUUAUGAAAUAUGAAAGAUGAACUGCCAGUUUUCUUAACGAAUGUAUGUUGUAGCGAAUGCUCGGCUGCAAAGAUGUGUAUUUGUAAUUUUUCUGAAGUGUGCAAACUUCUUACGUGAGAUGUUCAAAUGCUCGAGAGAGAUCGCAGGUAAAAGAAUGGAAGUAGAACAAUUUUUGAUCAAUGUAGCGAAUCUAACUCUUCAAUAUUUUUCUUUUUUGUAAAAUGUUGGAUAAUAUCAAGCAAAAAAUAAAAGAAAAAGUUUUAGUCAUUUUUGUUAAUAAUUUGUAAUUAUGUUACUGAUAGUCUGCUUUAUCUUAUUAAAAUGAAAAUGAUAUUUGAUAUCAUUUCUUGCAAUGAUCCGAGAUUAAACUAAAACUAAUUUAUAAUUACAAAAAUAAUUUUUCUAAUAUAUCUUACUUGUUUAUUUAGAAGUGUUUGAUAUUGUCAAGCAUUUUAAGAAAUGAUAUUUGAAGACUGUUUCAAGUAUGAAGUCCAUCACAAUAGAAAAAAUACUUUAACAGGAAUGAAACAGUUUGUGUCUGCUCGCGUUAACGAGGAUCGUUUACUAUUUUUGUAAGAGAAGGUGAAUGUAUGAUUUGUUCAACUUAAAUUAUAUAAACAGUGUUUUCCUUUUCUACGUA